AGUCGGAGCGCGGACCGCGGGGAGGACUGUUGUGUGCGGCUGGUCGCUCCGGCAAGAAGCAGCCGGGGCCGGGGGCGGGCGCGUUGCCCGCCGGCUGCCAGGAGUGAGCCAAGUGGCCGGGAAGACGAACGCCCGAACACCACCAUGAUCCCGCUGGAGAAGCCGGGCAGCGGCAGCCCCUCGUCGGCCGCCGCCUCCGGCUCGGGCCCGAGUGGCCGGGGGCGGACGGCGCCUCACCGGCCGCCGCCCCAGGCCCGCGGGCUGCUGACGGAGAUCCGCGCCGCGGUACGCACCGAGCCCUUCCAGGACAGCUACAGCCUGAGCCCGGGCCGGGAGCUGGGCAGGGGGAAAUUUGCAGUGGUGAGAAAAUGUGUGAAGAAAGAUUCUGGAAAAGAAUUUGCAGCAAAGUUCAUGAGAAAAAGAAGAAAAGGCCAAGACUGUCGGAUGGAAAUCAUUCAUGAGAUUGCUGUGCUUGAGCUGGCCCAGGACAAUCCUUGGGUCAUUAACUUACAUGAAGUCUAUGAGACUCCCUCAGAAAUGAUCUUGGUUCUAGAAUAUGCUGCUGGGGGUGAAAUCUUUGAUCAGUGUGUUGCAGACCGAGAAGAUGCCUUUAAAGAAAAAGACGUUCAAAGACUCAUGCGACAGAUUUUAGAAGGUGUACACUUUUUACACACCCACCAUGUAGUUCAUCUUGAUUUGAAGCCACAGAACAUUCUGCUGACAAGUGAAUCUCCACUGGGUGACAUUAAGAUAGUUGACUUUGGCCUUUCAAGAAUAAUGCAGAACAGUGAAGAGCUCCGAGAAAUUAUGGGUACUCCUGAAUAUGUAGCUCCUGAAAUUCUUAGUUAUGAUCCUAUCAGCCUAGCAACGGAUAUGUGGAGCAUUGGCGUGUUGACUUACGUCAUGCUUACAGGAAUAUCGCCUUUCCUAGGCGAUGAUAAGCAAGAAACAUUCUUGAACAUCUCACAGAUGAAUUUAAAUUAUUCUGAAGAAGAAUUUGACAGUGUAUCUGAAUCAGCUGUUGAUUUCAUCAAGAAACUUCUAGUUAGGAAACCUGAAGAUCGAUCCACUGCUGAAGAAUGCCUAAAACACCCGUGGUUGAUCCCGAGCAGCACUUGGGAUCCUUCUCUCAAAGUGAAAGGAGCCCUCGAAGUGAAGGCCCUCCAAGAAGGAGCCUCUGUGGCUGACAUCAGGGCAGGUCUUGAAACAGCAGAAGCUGAGGACUCGCUUGGAACUGAGGAGUUCAUUGUAGUGACUUCAUACACAUUAGGACAAUGUAGACAGUCUGAAAAGGAGAAAAUGGAGCAAAAGGCCAUUUCCAAACGAUUUAAAUUUGAGGAACCUCUGCUGCAAGAAAUCCCAGGAGAAUUUAUCUACUGAACAGUAUUUCCCUUUCAAACUUGAAGAUUUCUUUACAUUGAAAAUGUUUGUGUUAUUUAUGGACCUCUGGCCAGGUGCUGUACUAGAAGUGGAAAACCAGGCAUCACUGUCAAAAAAACAAACAUAAGCUUCUCAAACUUGUGCAGUUAGGUGAAUCAAGCCAGAUUUGUAUAAAUGCCAACCAGGAGGUUUUGCAGUUGAUCUGUUUCAAUGUUCUUUUUAAGAAGGGAUGUGUUUGCACCAUUUAAUUCUACAUCCUUUUUCUGGAGAAUGGGAAUUUGUGUACAAAUUUAUUUGUGUUCACUUUCUUUAAAAAACAAAACCCAGUAAAAGUGCCAAAACUCUUA